CUUUGAACCAGCCCCCCACCCGGGACCCCAGCCUCUCAGGAUCCCCGGCUCUAGGGGAAGCAGAACCUCCCGCCUGGCCCGGUGUGGGCAGAGCAUGGACUCUGGGCCCCAGGCUGUGUAGAAGGCAACAGGUAUCAUGAAUGGGAAUGGAGUGAGCAGGGUGCACGGGCACAGCCUGAAUGGGGCUGGUGAGUUUUAUUAUGAGGCUGUGGAAGGGGCUCAGAACCCCGGGGGUCUCCUGCUCUCACCUGCUGCCUUCAUCAACCCCGCUCAGUACGCCAGCGUGCUGGAUGGACGCUUCAAACAGCUUCAAGAUGAGCGAGAAGCCGUGCAGAAGAAAACUUUCACCAAGUGGGUGAACUCACACCUGGCCCGGGUGACAUGUCGGGUGGGAGACCUGUACAGCGACCUCCGGGAUGGACGUAACCUGCUGAGGCUCCUCGAGGUGCUCUCGGGAGAGACACUGCCAAAGCCCACAAAGGGCCGCAUGCGUAUACACUGCCUGGAGAAUGUGGACAAGGCCCUGCAGUUCCUAAAGGAGCAGAAAGUGCACUUGGAGAAUAUGGGCUCCCAUGACAUUGUGGACGGGAACCACCGCCUGACCCUCGGGCUGGUCUGGACCAUCAUCCUUCGAUUCCAGAUCCAAGACAUCAGUGUGGAAACAGAAGACAACAAGGAGAAGAAGUCAGCCAAGGACGCCUUGCUGCUGUGGUGCCAGAUGAAGACGGCAGGGUACCCCAACGUCAAUGUGCACAACUUCACCACCAGCUGGAGAGAUGGGUUGGCCUUCAACGCCAUUGUGCAUAAGCAUCGGCCAGACCUGCUGGAUUUUGAGUCCCUGAAGAAGUGCAAUGCACAUUACAACCUGCAGAAUGCUUUCAAUCUGGCUGAGAAGGAGCUGGGACUUACGAAGCUGCUGGAUCCUGAAGAUGUGAAUGUGGACCAACCAGAUGAGAAAUCAAUCAUUACCUAUGUGGCUACUUACUACCACUACUUCUCCAAGAUGAAGGCCCUGGCUGUGGAAGGCAAAAGAAUUGGGAAGGUGUUGGACUAUGCCAUGGAGGCAGAACGCCUGGUGGAGAAAUACGAGUCCCUGGCCUCUGAGUUGCUGCAGUGGAUCGAGCAAAUGAUCGUGACCCUCAAUGACCGGCAGCUGGCCAACUCCCUGAGUGGGGUCCAAAACCAGCUGCAGUCCUUCAAUUCCUACCGCACGGUGGAGAAGCCACCCAAGUUCACAGAGAAAGGGAACUUGGAAGUACUGCUGUUCACCAUCCAGAGCAAGCUGCGGGCCAACAACCAGAAGGUCUACACGCCCCGAGAGGGCCGGCUCAUCUCCGACAUCAACAAGGCCUGGGAGCGGCUGGAGAAGGCCGAGCAUGAGCGUGAGCUGGCCCUGCGCACCGAGCUGAUCCGCCAGGAGAAGCUGGAGCAGCUGGCCGCCCGCUUCGAUCGCAAGGCCGCCAUGCGAGAGACCUGGCUUAGUGAGAACCAGCGCCUCGUGUCCCAGGACAACUUUGGGCUGGAGCUGGCAGCCGUGGAGGCAGCGGUGCGGAAGCACGAAGCUAUCGAGACAGACAUCGUGGCCUACAGCGGCCGCGUGCAGGCUGUGGACGCCGUGGCCGCAGAGCUGGCCGCCGAGCGCUACCAUGACAUCAAGCGCAUUGCAGCACGGCAACACAACGUGGCCCGGCUCUGGGACUUCCUGCGGCAGAUGGUGGCUGCCCGGCGAGAGCGGCUCCUCAUCAACUUGGAGCUGCAGAAGGUGCUUCAGGACCUGCUGUACCUCAUGGACUGGAUGGGAGAGAUGAAGGGCCGGCUGCAGUCUCAGGACCUGGGCAAGCAUCUGGCUGGAGUGGAGGACCUGCUGCAGCUACACGAGCUGGUAGAAGCAGACAUCGCUGUGCAGGCUGAGAGAGUGCGGGCUGUCAGUGCCUCUGCCCUGCGCUUCUGCGACCCAGGAAAAGAGUACAAACCAUGCGACCCGCAGCUGGUGUCUGAGCGGGUGGCCACCCUGGAGCAGAGCUACGAAGCACUGUGCGAGUUGGCCGCGGCCAGGCGGGCCCGUCUGGAGGAAUCCAGGCGCCUCUGGCGGUUCCUCUGGGAGGUGGGCGAGGCCGAGGCCUGGGUGCGGGAGCAGCAGCACCUGUUGGCCUCAGCCGAAACUGGCCGGGACCUGACUGGUGUCCUUCGCCUGCUCAACAAGCACACAGCCCUGAGAGGCGAGAUGAGUGGCCGGCUGGGGCCAUUGAAGCUCACCCUGGAGCAGGGCCAGCAGUUAGUCGCUGAGGGCCACCCUGGAGCAGGCCAGGCCGCCGCCCGUGCUGCCGAGCUCCAGGCCCAGUGGGAGCGGCUGGAGGCUCUGGCGGAGGAGCGUGCCCAGCGGCUCGCCCAGGCCGCCAGCCUCUACCAGUUCCAGGCAGAUGCAAAUGACAUGGAGGCCUGGCUGGUGGACGCGCUGCGCCUGGUGUCCAGUCCCGAGCUGGGGCACGAUGAGUUCUCCACGCAGGCCCUGGCCAGGCAGCAUCGGGCCCUGGAGGAGGAGAUCCGAGGGCACCGGCCAACACUGGAUGCCCUGAGGGAUCAGGCCUUGGCCCUGCCUCCCGCACUGAGCCGCACGCCCGAGGUGCAGGGGAGGGUGCCCAGCCUGGAGCGCCACUACGAGGAGCUGCAGGCCCGGGCAGGCGAGCGAGCCCGGGCCCUGGAGGCGGCCCUGACUCUCUACACCAUGCUCAGCGAGGCCGGGGCCUGUGGGCUGUGGGUGGAGGAGAAGGAGCAGUGGCUGAACGGGCUCACCCUGCCUGAGCGCUUGGAGGACCUGGAAGUCGUACAGCAAAGGUUCGAGACCCUGGAGCCCGAAAUGAAUGCCCUUGCAGCACGAAUUACUGCUGUGAAUGACAUCGCAGAGCAGUUGCUGAAGGCCAACCCUCCGAGCAAGGACAGCAUUGUCAACACCCAGAAGCAGCUCAACCACAGGUGGCAGCAGUUUCGGUCCUUGGCAGAUGGCAAGAAGGCAGCUCUGACAUCAGCGCUGAGCAUCCAGAACUACCAUUUAGAGUGCACAGAGACCCAGGCCUGGAUGAGAGAAAAGACCAAGGUCAUUGAGUCCACCCAGGGCCUAGGCAAUGACCUGGCUGGGGUGCUGGCCCUGCAGCGUAAGCUGGCUGGCACCGAGCGGGACCUGGAGGCCAUCGCCGCCCGGGUGGGUGAACUGACUCGCGAGGCAAAUGCCCUGGCUGCUGGCCACCCCGCCCAAGCCCCUGCCAUCAAGGCCCGGCUUGGAGAGGUGCAAGCCGGCUGGGAGGACCUCAGGGCCACCAUGCGACGUCGAGAGGAGUCGCUGGGUGAGGCGCGGCGGCUGCAGGACUUCCUGCGCAGCUUGGAUGACUUCCAGGCUUGGCUAGGUCGCACGCAGACCGCUGUGGCCUCUGAAGAAGGGCCGGCCACCCUGCCUGAGGCAGAGGCCCUCCUGGCCCAACACGCAGCCCUGCGGGGAGAGGUGGAGCGGGCCCAGAGCGAGUACAGCCGGCUGCGGGCCUUGGGUGAGGAGGUGACCAGGGACCAGGCCGAUCCUCAGUGCCUCUUCCUACGACAGCGACUGGAGGCCUUGGGAACCGGCUGGGAGGAGCUGGGCCGCAUGUGGGAAAGCCGGCAAGGCCGUCUGGCCCAGGCCCAUGGCUUCCAGGGCUUCCUGCGGGAUGCUCGCCAGGCUGAGGGCGUGCUCAGCAGCCAGGAAUAUGUUUUGUCGCACACGGAGAUGCCGGGGACACUCCAGGCUGCUGAUGCCACCAUAAAAAAACUGGAAGACUUCAUGAGCACCAUGGAGGCCAAUGGGGAGCGGAUCCGCGGGCUCCUGGAGGCUGGGCGCCAGCUGAUGUCUGAGGGCAACAUCCAUGCCGAGAAGAUCCACGAGAAGGCGGACUCCAUUGAGAGGCGACACGGGAAGAAUCAAAAAGCGGUGCAGCAGCUUUUGGGCCGUCUUCGGGAAAACCGAGAGCAGCAGCAUUUCUUACAAGAUUGUCAUGAGCUGAAACUCUGGAUUGAUGAGAAGAUGCUGACAGCCCAGGACGUGUCCUAUGACGAGGCCCGUAACCUGCACACCAAGUGGCAGAAGCACCAGGCGUUCAUGGCUGAGCUGGCCGCCAACAAGGACUGGCUGGACAAAGUGGACAAGGAAGGGCGGGAGCUGAGCCUUGAGAAGCCAGAGCUGAAAGCUCUGGUGUCGGAGAAGCUGGAGGACCUACACAAGCGCUGGGACGAGCUGGAGACCACCACCCAGGCCAAGGCCCGCAGCCUCUUCGAUGCCAACCGGGCCGAGCUGUUUGCCCAGAGCUGCUCUGCCCUGGAGAGCUGGCUGAUGAGCCUGCAGGCCCAGCUGCACUCCGACGACUACGGCAAGGACCUCACCAGCGUCAACAUUCUGCUCAAGAAGCAGCAGAUGCUGGAGCGGGAAAUGGCUGUGCGGGAGAAGGAGGUGGAGGCCAUCCAGGCCCAGGCAAAAGCACUGGCCCAGGAAGAUCAGGGUGCAGGGGAGGUGGAAAGGACCUCAAGAGCCGUGGAGGAGAAGUUCAGGGCCCUCUGCCAGCCCAUGAAGGAGCGCUGCCAGCGCCUGCAAGCCUCUCGAGAGCAGCACCAGUUCCACCGGGAUGUGGAGGACGAGAUCUUGUGGGUGACGGAACGGCUACCCAUGGCUAGCUCCAGGGAACAUGGCAAGGACCUGCCCAGUGUCCAACUCCUCAUGAAGAAAAACCAGACCCUGCAGAAGGAGAUACAGGGUCACGAGCCGCGGAUUGCAGACCUAACAGAGCGGCAGCGUGCCCUGGGUGCGGCUGCAGCAGGCCCAGAGCUGGCCGAGCUACAGGAAAUAUGGAAACGCCUGAGCCACGAGCUGGAGCUUCGAGCAAAGCGACUGGAGGACGCCUUGCGGGCCCAGCAGUUCUACCGCGACGCCGCCGAGGCAGAGGCCUGGAUGGGCGAGCAGGAGUUACACAUGAUGGGCCAAGAGAAAGCCAAGGACGAACUGAGUGCCCAGGCGGAGGUGAAGAAACAUCAGGUAUUGGAGCAAGCCCUGGCCGACUACACCCAGACCAUCCACCAGCUAGCAGCCAGCAGCCAAGACAUGAUUGACCACGACCACCCAGAGAGCACGAGGAUAUCCAUCCGCCAAGCCCAGGUGGACAAGCUGUACGCCAGCCUGAAGGAGCUGGCGGGGGAGCGGAGGGAGCGCCUGCAAGAGCACCUACGGCUGUGCCAGCUCCGCCGCGAGCUGGAUGACCUGGAGCAGUGGAUCCAGGAGCGCGAGGUGGUGGCAGCCUCCCACGAGCUGGGCCAGGACUACGAGCACGUGACGAUGCUCCGGGACAAAUUCCGAGAGUUCUCCCGGGACACAAGCACCAUCGGUCAGGAGCGUGUGGAUAGUGCCAACACAUUGGCCAACGGGCUCAUCACUGGGGGCCAUGCCGCCCGGGCCACUGUGGCCGAGUGGAAGGACAGUCUCAACGAGGCCUGGGCCGACCUGCUCGAGCUGCUGGACACGCGGGGGCAGGUGCUGGCUGCCGCGCACGAGCUGCAGCGCUUCCUGCAUGGGGCUCGUCAGGCCCUGGCACGGGUGCAGCACAAACAGCAACAGCUUCCAGACGGGACCGGCCGGGACCUCAAUGCUGCCGAGGCCCUGCAGCGCCGCCAUUGUGCCUUUGAGCAUGACAUCCAGGCCCUCAGCGCCCAGGUCCAGCAGGUACAGGACGAUGGCCGCCGGCUCCAGAAGGCCUACGCCGGAGACAAGGCCGAGGAGAUUGGCCGCCACAUGCAGGCUGUGGCCGAGGCCUGGGCACAGCUUCAGGGAAGCUCUGCCGCCCGCCGCCAGCUGCUGCUGGACACCACGGACAAGUUCCGCUUCUUCAUGGCUGUCCGGGAGCUGAUGCUGUGGAUGGACGGGGUGAAUGUGCAGAUGGAUGCCCAGGAGCGGCCCCGGGAUGUGUCCUCUGCAGACCUGGUCAUCAAGAACCACCAGGGCAUCAAGGCCGAGAUAGAGGCCAGGGCGGACCGCUUCUCCUCUUGCAUUGAGAUGGGGCAGGGGCUGCUCGCCAGGAGCCACUACGCGGCUGAGGAGAUCUCAGAGAAGCUGUCUCAGCUGCAGGCACGGCGCCAGGAGACAGCUGACAAGUGGCAGGAGAGGAUGGACUGGCUUCAGCUUGUUUUGGAGGUGCUCGUGUUUGGAAGAGACGCAGGUAUGGCAGAGGCCUGGCUGUGCAGCCAAGAGCCACUGGUGCGAAGUGCUGAGCUGGGCUGCACAGUUGACGAGGUCGAGAGCCUCAUCAAGCGGCACGAGGCCUUCCAGAAGUCGGCAGUGGCCUGGGAGGAGCGUUUCUGCGCGCUGGAGAAGCUCACUGCGCUGGAGGAGCAGGAGAAGGAGCGGAAAAGAAAGAGGGAGGAGGAGGAACGGAGGAGACAGCCCCCUGCUCCAGAGCCCACAGCCACUCUGGCCGAAGGGGUCCUGGUGGACAGGCAGGCAGCUCCUGAUGCUUCCUGGGAUGGAACCCACCCCCGGCUACCAGCGUCCACACAGCCAGCCAGCAUUAACGGAAUCUGCACAGAUGCAGAGUCCCCACAGGAGUCUGGCGCAGGAGACGAGGCCAACGGGCCACAGGGAGAGAGGCAUACCCAGCCACAGGGCUCGGCCCCUCCUGUCAUGCCCCACAGCAGGUCAUCCGAGUCAGCCCGGGUUGCCACCUUGCCCCCUCGAGGCCCAGAGCUCUCUGCCCAGGAACAGAUGGAGGGGAUGCUAUGCCGCAAACAGGAGAUGGAGGCCUUCGGCAAGAAGGCUGCCAACAGGUCAUGGCAGAAUGUGUAUUGUGUCCUGCGGCGUGGGAGCCUUGGCUUUUACAAGGAUGCGAAGGCAGCCAGCACAGGAGUGCCAUACCAUGGAGAAGUGCCUGUCAGCCUGGCCAGGGCCCAGGGCAGCGUCGCCUCUGAUUAUCGAAAGCGCAAACAUGUCUUCAAGCUGGGCUUACAGGACGGAAAAGAAUAUUUAUUCCAAGCCAAGGAUGAGGCAGAGAUGAGCUCGUGGCUGCGGGUGGUGAAUGCAGCCAUUGCCACUGCGUCCUCUGCGUCUGGAGAGCCUGAAGAGCCAGCAGUGCCCAGUGCCACCCGGGGCAUGACCCGGGCCAUGACCAUGCCCCCAGUAUCGCCGGUCGGGGCUGAGGGGCCUGUGGUACUUCGCAGCAAGGACGGCAGAGAACGAGAGCGAGAAAAACGCUUCAGCUUCUUCAAGAAGAGCAAGUAGUUGGGGGCAAGACUCCCAGGCCAGCUCCCUCCCUCUGUUCAGGAAACUGCCAGGGACUGUCAACAGGGACCACCCUCUUGUCAGACAACUGCCUGCUGCUAGGGUCUGUUGCCAAGGUCAGCCCAUCACCAGGAACUGUCUCUGGGGACAAAUCAGUGUUCCCAAGGGCAACUCUACUCUUCUCCUAUUUAAUUCCAGACUGGUGGUGGGACCCAGGCAACCCCCAAUUCCACUCCCCCCAACUUGUUCCUUCUUCCCCCAGCCUUAUGCCUCCGUCCCCACCACAGUGCGGACAGUGCCGCACCCUCAACGUAGGCCAUGGGGGGAAUGGCGGCCCCCGCCUCAGGGUCGUUCUCCCACCACAGCUAGGGCACGCCGUCUGGUUCCUUGCCCCUGGGGACCAGCCAGGAACCUCUCAGAGCUGAAGCAGGACCUGGGGGCAAGAUUGUCAGAUGAUGGAGUCAGAGACGCCGAAGUUCCCCGUUCCCGUCCUUCCUCAUCCUCUGACUCGAGUGGCCACUCCAUCUCCAGCGAGUCUCAAUGGCUUCCAGGUGUGAGUUGUUCAGGGGCAACCACAGCCUUGAGUCUGGCCAAGGAGGUGAUUAAACAGCUCAGCUUCUCUUAC